GACGUCAUUUACCACACGUUGAGGGUGGGUGAGGCUCUCACCACGCUGCUCACGGAGACGGAGACAUGGCGAGCGGUAGCAGCAGCAAUAGCGGCGGCCUGCCCAGCGACCUUUUCCCCUUCAUCUACAGCUUCUUGCUGGAGAACAAAUUUGUGAAGGCGGCCCAGGAGUUCGUGAAGAAAGCCAAAGUGAAAUUGCCAGACCCUGAUGGUCCCAAGCUGUUGGAUGUGUACAAUGUGUGGGUCAAGUCACCCGAGUCGCGCAAGAGAAAGGCGCAGUCUGUCAUGGUGGAGCAGCCGACCGCCAGCAAGCGGCAACGCACUGCCGAUCCCUCCAGCUCGUCUGAGAGCUCCGACACAGAGGAUAAAAAACCAGCGACAGCCAGCGGUGCCAAAGAUGGAAAACCGAGCAAUGGUGUGCCUGUUAAGAAAGAGGCAGCACCUGUCAAAGGUAACGGCGCGCCAAAGCAGAAAGACGUUUCAAGCAGCGACAGUUCGGACGACUCUGAAGACGAGAAGCCAGCAGCAAAGAAACAAGCAAAAUCUGGAGCCUAUAGCGCAGUGCCUCCUCCCUCUGUAUUGAACAAGUCUUCGAGUGCAACUCCGGCUUCCAAGGCACCACCACCCCCCGCCUCUUCUGCCAAGGGAAAGGCCUCUUCGUCCAGUUCAGAUAGUGACUCUGACUCUAGCAGCUCCGAUGAUGAAAAGAAAAAGAAAUCUCUCACAGCUGGCGUGGCACCGGCCGCGGCAGCAGUGAAAGUGACUCCGGCGAAGGCGGCGAAGAGCGAUUCGAGCUCUGACGAAGAGAGCGACGAGCCCGAUAAAAAAAAGAAUACGGUCAAAAAGGUGACCAAGAAAGCAAAGAAAACCCCAGCUAAAGCAAAAUGCCCUGAAAAAAAAGAUGUGGCUGCUAAGCCUCAGAAGAAAAAAGCUGCAGCAACUCCAGUAUCAAAAGCAUCGAAUGAAAACAAAAAAAUGCCACUGAAGACAAAACCCCAGAGCAGUAGUUCGGACAGCUCCAGCAGUGAAGAAGAAGAUGAGGCCAAAAAACCUGCAGCUGUUACCACCCCAAAACCUCCCCCAGCAAAGGUGGAGGUAGUGGGCCCUGCCGGUGCAGUAAAAGCCAGCAGCAGCGAUUCUUCUGAUAGCUCCAGUAGUGAUGAGGAGCCGAAAAAAAAGACUGCAACCCCUGCCGCAACACCGACGGUGAAAAAACCAGCAGCAAAAACUCCAGCUGCAGCAAAGACCGCACCUAAAGAAAAAUUGGCAGCAGCCAAGAAAGAGAGCAGCUCUGAUUCCGACGAUAGCUCCGACAGUGACGAGGAGCCAAAGAAACCGGCCACUCCAGCAACAAAAGCGGUAGCGGGAAAAAACACGCCUUCUAAAGCAGCAAAGACACCAGCAGUAUCGAAGACGCCAGCAGUAUCGAAGACACCACCUGCAGCGAAAAACCCAGCAGCCAAGAAAGAGAGCAGCUCUGAUUCCGACGAUAGCUCCGACAGUGACGAGGAGCCAAAGAAACCGGCCACUCCAGCAACAAAAGCGGUAGCGGAGAAAAACACUCCUUCAAAAGCAGCAAAGACACCAGCAGUAUCAAAGACACCAGCAGUAUCGAAGACACCAGCAGUAUCGAAGACACCACCUGCAGCGAAAAACCCAGCAGCCAAGAAAGAGAGCAGCUCUGAUUCCGAUGAUAGCUCCGACAGUGACGAGGAGCCAAAGAAACCGGCCACUCCAGCAACAAAAGCGGUAGCGGAGAAAAACACUCCUUCAAAAGCAACAAAGACACCAGCAGUAUCGAAGACACCAGCAGUAUCGAAGACACCACCUGCAGCGAAAAACCCAGCAGCCAAGAAAGAGAGCAGCUCUGAUUCUGAUGAUAGCUCCGACAGUGACGAGGAGCCAAAGAAACCGGCCACUCCAGCAACAAAAGCGGUAGCGGAGAAAAACACUCCUUCAAAAGCAACAAAGACACCAGCAGUAUCGAAGACACCAGCAGUAUCGAAGACACCACCUGCAGCGAAAAACCCAGCAGCCAAGAAAGAGAGCAGCUCUGAUUCCGAUGAUAGCUCCGACAGUGACGAGGAGCCAAAGAAACCGGCCACUCCAGCAACAAAAGCGGUAGCGGAGAAAAACACUCCUUCAAAAGCAACAAAGACACCAGCAGUAUCGAAGACACCACCUGCAGCGAAAAACCCAGCAGCCAAGAAAGAGAGCAGCUCUGAUUCCGACGACAGUUCUGACAAUGACGAGGAGCCAAAGACGACAACUACACCAGGAUCAAAGGCAGCAAAAAAAGCGCCCGUGAAAAAGACUGCAAAGUCUGCGAAGACUCCUGCAAAGAAAGGCAAGUUGAGUUCAAGCAGUGAAAAGAAGACCAAAAUAAAAGCUGCAACAAUGCCAGCUGAUAACUCUGUAGUGGAGAAAAAAACUCCAAAAAAGAAUGCUAUGCAGACUCCUGCAGCUGCUAAGAAAGACAGCAGUUCCGAUUCAGAUAGUUCUGAUGAUGAGGCGGGGCCCAAGAAAGUCACUCCUCCCACAGAAAAAUCUAUCUCCGCUUCUGCAACAAAGCCAGCCAAAUCACCGGCCACAGCAAAGAAGCCAGUGGCUGAGAAGAAAGAAAGCAGCUCAGAUUCCGACAGCUCUGACAGUGACGAAGACGAAAAUGAAUCGAAGAAAGGGGUAAAACCUUCCAUAAAUAAAUCGGUUCCGGCCCAGGCCACCCCGGCAAAGCCCAACGUGGCUCCUGCCAAGAAGCAAGAGAGCAGCUCAGAUUCAGACAGCUCGAGCAGCGAGGAAGAAGAUAAGGCUGCCAAAACUACCACCAUUACACCGCAGGCGAAGGCAGCACCGGCACAGCAAAAGGAUGCACCUGCUGCAGCAAAAAAAUCAGCAGACAGCAGCUCGGAGUCCGACAGCUCAAGCAGCGAGGACAAAAGUCCCGCAAAUAGCAAGGCGGCCGUAAAGGGUGGUGCCCCUGUUGUGGCGACGAAGCCAAAUGGGAAGUCUCCAGCCAGCAAGACCGCCAAGGCGGAUGGCAGCAGCUCUGACAGCUCCUCUUCGUCGGAGGAUGAAGACGACAAAACGAAGGCUGCGGCAACUCCCAAGCCAGUCGUGGCAGAUACUGCCAACACUUUGUCGGGGAGUGUGAAUGGAAAAAGGAAACGAAAGAGCAUCUCUGCUUCAGAAGACGCAAAUGAAAAGAAUUUGGAUGCGAUGUCUACCCCAUUAAAAAAGGAGAAGCUGAAGACACCACAGACCGUCCCCAAGGCUUCGAAAAAGAAGGCCAAUGGCAACACUCCGUUCAGGCGCGUGAAUGACGACGACGUGGAGAUUGACCCACGUCUCAGCAACAACUCGUUUGACGCGAAGGCCGGUGCUAAGGGUGACUGGGGUGAGAAGGCAUUUCAUGACCUAAAAGUGACCAAGGGCAAGUCCUUUAAACACGAGAAGACAAAGAAGAAACGAGGCAGCUAUAGGGGAGGGCAAAUCAACAUGACUGCCGUCAACUCUGUCAAAUUUGACAGCGAAUGAAUCAACGUGCGCAGAGAGGGCAUGAGAAACUGCAAAUGUGUGAUGUUGCUGCAUUCAUCCUGCCAAUUGUUUUUAGCCCCCCCCCAGUCUCGGAGUGUACUCCAAAUUUCAGAAUAGUGCGGAUUAAUUAAACAUGCUUCUAUUUGAAUGGAGGAAAAGUUCAAUUGUUUAAAAUGUUACUUUUUGGAGGUAGAACUAAAGUUUGAGAAACUCUUGUCAUUUUUCUGAAAAGUAAUGUUACAUUUCCUUAAAUGAGUAUGGUUUUAUUUAAUUUUUACAGUAGUGGUUAACUGCCUUAAAUAAUUGUAUGAUGUUUUUUUGGAAGUUUAGUCUUGUCCUUCAGAGAAUUAGUUUGCAAUGUGUAAAUUUUCGAGAAAUGUUAACAAUCAGUCACACCAAGUUCAUGUAUUGGUUUCUUAAAAUAAAUAUUUUACAAAAUAACUUUGAA